AUGGAGAAAAAGCUGCAACUAAUCAACGGUGACUGGAACAUUGAGAAUGUAAGCAGUUGCACUGUUUUAGAAUGCCUCAAUGAACACGGAAAUGCCGGAGAAAGAACUGGAACGGGAUUUGCUCCGCAUGUUGUGAAUAUAGCCAGAUGUGGCUUUAUGGCCGUUAACAAAGUUUGUAUUGUAAACUCGCAUAUUUUGCAUGAGAGAGUCCCGCAAAACGUGUAUAGUCAUGAAAUCCAAGUCGAUGCAGAGAAUUUCGGAAGAAUAUCUCUUCCAAUCAUUGAUGACUUUCUUGAGAGAAUGGAAUUAAAGAACACGUAUAAAAUAUCGAUUUAUAACGCGCUUGACUACAACGGUCGAAUCGCUCCUUUUUCAAUUCUGGCCGCGAUCUGGAAAAGUUUAUCAAUAUUUGAAAAACGUGAAACAACAUAUUUUGGAGAUGAUAGCAUAUGGGAAGAUAAAGUGUUUUACAAGUAUCUGCUUGAUUCCAAGGUCGAUAUUGAAGGAAAAAUGCCGUUGGCUUCAUCGAUAAUCAAUGGAAGUAUGACACAUGUAUAUCUGCCGCCUCUUGAUGAAAAUGAUAACCAGAUAAGAUCAGUUAAAAGCACCGCAUUCUAUGAAAACUUUGAUGUUAUGUUUGUCCGAACAAAUCUCCACAAAUCUGACUUCGAACCAGCAGAGUUAUUGGAAGGAUCGAGGAGGAAUGGACAAGUUGAGCGCUUCCGUAAAUGUAUGGCCGAAGAAAACUCUGAUUUUUACGAUGAUACCGCUGGAGUGCCUUUCUUGAUAAUGUCAACUUCUGAAACACGCUUCGGUGUUGAGAACUCCAACCCGUCUGAUGAGUUUGAACAGGACUGUCAUGCUGGAGUACAGGUCGCUCGUGACCAGUACAAAGAGGAAUUAAGAGGAUUCGAAGUUCAACAAGGUGGUAUAAUGAUUGUGUUGAAGAAAAAUGAAUUUUUCAACAACGAAGACUUGCUAAAGGUUAUUUCGAAUUCAAUCGCUGAGCAGUCAAAAGGAGGAAAAAUAACACAAAUAUCAUUCAAUCUUCUUCAACCAUCACGUGGUGCUUAUGGAAGAGAGCAUGAUCCAAAAACCGCCAAGUUCAUCUCACCCAUCUGUCGCCAAAAAGCAAAGAAAAUACCGUCAUCAGGUGGUGAACCAAACCGUACAGGAAAGUAUGCAAAAAUGAUGAAGACGAAAGCUCCUGUCUUCAGAAGACAGCCAACCAACAGAGUAGCAACGUUAAGACAUGAUCUAGGAAACGAUGAGUCUGAGGGUGAUUUGUCCAAUGACGACACAAUCAGUGAAGUUUCGCAUGAUACCGCCGAGUGGUUGCCUGAAAUUGAAAUCGUAAAAUAUCAUGGCGCAAAUACCAAUCAGGACGCACCGGGAAUCAUCUAUUGA